CAGCCAGCAAGUAGGUUUGUCCGUGAGAGUUGUUUUUCGUCCAGUGAUCGUGCGGUGUUAAUACAAUCGUGCAGACGGCUUACGGCAAUCGUGAGACCGUGACGCCUUUGAAGAAUAUAUCACCUCUGGGACCUUCUACAGUCGUAUUUCUCACUGAAAAUUAACAGCUACACCGUGCUGUGUAUGGUUUACGAACGAUCCAAGAUGCUGUCAUCAGUGCCAGCUAAAUAAUAAUGUGGUGCGACGUUGGUCAGAGUUGUGCAAUGAUGGGUCUGCAGGCCACGGCAGGAAAACGUAAACUGGAGGGAGGUGGUGGUUGCAUGGAGUUCGAUAUGGAUAUGGGCGAAAGCCCGUCAAAGUUAGGAAGAGUAGAGGGUAGUUGGUGGGCAAUGGAAGACAGCUAUACGCCACCGUUAAACCAACCUCCUUCAUCGUACUACGAAAUGGAAGUUAGCUCGCCUUGUCUUCAGGCGAAUCCCUGUCAACCAACAGCGAGUUCACCACCAGCAGCUUCUCAGCUGCAUCAUUCGUCGCAACACUACUAUCAUCAGCGUGGUGCCGGUAGCAACGGUUACAACCAGUUAUCAAGACCUCAACCUCAGUGGGGAGCUCCUCAUCAUUAUGAACCACCAACGAUACGAAGAGAGGAGAAUGGCAAGAGUUACUUGGAACUUGGCUCAAGUUAUCGUGCGAAUGAAAGAUGCUGUGAGGGAUCGAGGUCCAGCUGGUGCAGGCGUGGCAGGGCCUGCUACCGUCAAAGAAGGCUAGCCGUCCUUAAUAUUUCCAUGUGUAAAUUGGCGAGGUAUCGUCAAUUCCCUGAUCCUAGUUUAUAUCGUUCUGUGCUAAUCUGCAAUACCUUGAGGCAUCUUGAAAGAGAGAUGGAGAGGGAUAGGAGUCCACCGCCAAUGGAGCCAGUUAUUCCUACACCGAUGGCUCAACUUCAGCCACCUGAACAGGGAAGACUGACACCUUUCCCAAUGCCACCAACAUCAUCCAAUGAAACGGACGUAGACUCUGGUAUUGGAGACAGCGACGAUAGUCGUUCCAUCAACUGGGGAAGUGUCUUGUCCCUAUCAAGCCAGUCGCCUUUGGACCCUCUUAAUAACAACGAGCUACUAGAUGUUGACAUUGGACCUGAACUAGAUUUAGACUUUAUGCCUGGAUGGAAGUUGACACCACUGUCAGCGGAUGACAUCCUUAGGAGUACAAAUGUCGCCGUGGCAGCGGCUGCAGCCCAGGAACACCAGAUUACGACGAGCAGUACCACAAGCACAACCAGCAGCAGUUGUACCAACAGCAGUACGCACGAAUCGCUGAUGUGCGUUGGUUCAUAGCCCCCAAUACUCGCGUCGUUGAGUCAUCUCAUCGACUUUUAUCCACUCAUGCCCCAGCGCAAAUAGUGCUCGAGUGGCCUUGAACGACGAAACGAUGCAGCGCCGUAUGUGACGGGAUGACCCCGGUAUAUUUGUACGGAGGCGCUCAUUGAGAGCAUCGAGAAUGGUCGUCGUUUAUUCACAAAUAUGGCUCGUGUCAAUUACACUCCACUCGAUUAUCAUUUCCUCGGUUGAUUACUGUGCGGUCCUCCAUCAUUUGCGUCAGUAAAUCAUUGCAAAUGAAAUACGCAUUCGCAACUUAAUCAUCCACAUGUCUCUUGUCGCUCAAAAUUAACCGUGGACUAAUCAUCAACGACGAUACGAAAUUCACGCCGUCUGAAUGAUAAUUAGAUUGCGUUCUUGAGUUUCCAACGGAAAAGGUACCCGGGCCGACGAUGCAAAUACUA